UGAGAAGUGAAAUAAACUCCUAAACUAUUUUUGCCAUGUUAUCAUGUUUCAUAACUGUAUAAGCAAUGUGUUUAUGACACAAUCUGAGAAGUGAAAUUAACUCCACCCUUUACUUUCUGAUAAUAUGAUAAAUAAAGACUCCACCCUCAUAGACACAAUGCAUCACCCAGUCUUAUAAAAACCUCUGACCCUAACCCCAGCAGACAAACCUUCCUCUAACUUUACGGACAGACGACAACCAUGGGCAACAUAUGUUCAUGUCAUCAUGAACCAAUGCCACAAAAGACAACAGUCUUUGUGUCUCAUGUGUACAGGAUUCCUGCUCUCGUCUACAACAAAGACAAAGAAAUCUUCCUGGCCUUCGCGGAGCAGAGAUACACCGCAGAUGAUGCCAGUGCAAAAUACCUGGUUAUGAAAACAGGAAGGCUGAAGGAGGAAUCGUCUGGUGAGAGGACGAUUGAGUGGUCAGAACUCAAGCUGGUGAAGGAGGCACAUCUUGAUGGACAUAUGAACCCGUGUCCAGUGUACGACAAAAAGAACAAGAAACUUUUCCUGUUUUUCAUCUGUGUUGAGGGCACUGUCUCAGAGCAGUGGCAAAUAGACAACAACACAAACAAGGCCCGUCUCUGCUAUGUUACAUCUACAGAUGACGGUGAAACAUGGAGCACGGUCACUGAUUUGUUUGACAAAGAUGGACUGGAUGUCAUUAAAAACUCAGCCACAUUUUCUGUUGGGCCAGGCCAUGGCAUUCAAAUGAAGAGUGGUAGAUUGGUUGUUCCAACUUAUGCUUUUCCUAAGAAAGAUCGUCAGCAAAGCCCAAAAUCUUAUGCAUUGUCCCUGUAUAGUGAUGAUUCUGGUGAAACAUGGCAUCUUGGCAAUAUGCUGCAAAAUGAGUCAAAUGAAUGUCAAAUGGCAGAGUGUUUUGAUGAUAAAGGCAGCUUCGUCUACUGCAAUGCACGCAGUAAGGGAGACUACCGCGUGGAAGCUGUUAGUGAGAAUAAAGGAGCUGAUCUUAACAAACACCAGUCUGCUGACAAGCUUGUGGAAACAGGUGGAGGCUGUCAGGGAAGUGUGGUGUCCUUUCCAGCUGAAGGUAAAGAUGCAAAUCCAAACAAGUGGCUGCUCUUCACACACCCAAGGGAUCAGUCCAAAAGGGUUAAUUUAGGAGUGUAUCUGAAUAAAUCUCCACGGGAUCCAGACACAUGGAGCAAACUCGGGAACCUGAAAACUGGACCCAGUGGUUACUCAGACCUGGCUUACAUUGGUGAUGGCUGGUUUGCAUGUCUAGUGGAGUGUGGGGAGCUGAAAGAAAUCGAGCAGAUAGCCUGUGAAGUGUUUCACUUCGACGACAUCAAACCUACUGAAGGUACUGAAAAGAAAAAAAACUGAAAUCAGCCUUUAUCUGAUGUGAAGCCUUCUGUCUGACUCAACAAAUAAGAUGCUGACUUAGCUCAUAGAACCAGCUUUAAAAUGUAUUAUAACGGGCUAAUGCCAGUAGAGAGUGGGAAGCAUUGUGAAGCUGCACAGAGAGCAUCAAAUGGGGCAUUAGAGAGUAAAGAGAGAGAGCCAAACGUCUGUAUGACGUAUGAUAACAUACUAACAUUCAACUAAUAUUAUUGGUGUGAUAUUUACAGGGAGCUUUAUGUUGUUAGUAUAAAACACACUGUAAAAGUUUGUUCACGAGAAAGGAAGGAGACCAUGAGAGAGUUCUGAAGCGGCUUCGUCUCACGGGAAGACAGCAGCAACACUCGAGACUAAUCAAGUCGUCACAUUAUUAUUAACUUCAUUAUUAAAUCCAUUAAAGGCAAACUAGUCUAACUUCAUGAU